AAUCGCUAAGAGCCGUUCUCCAUCGUCGCCCUUCGUUUUGCUGCAAGAUUCCUUCUUUCUCCGCUCUCCUUGCAUUCGAGCUAAUCAGGAUAGUGGCGAUCAAAGAGAGCUACUAACUUCAGUUUGUGACUGCCUUGUAAUUUAAUCCUUGACUUCCUGAGUGGGGCCGUCACUCCCCCCUCCCCCCAAAAAACAGAGAGAGAGAGAGAGACCAACGUACUUUCAGUUCGAUUCUAGCCAUUCAGACAUUGUGGGAAGAAAGCCAUUGAGACGGGAGAUGUUUCGAAUCUUAUUGGAGACAGUGCUGACCCCAGGAUCCCAAGGGUCGAAGGAGGAAGUGGUGGAUUCAGCGGGGGGCCUCGAGAUCCCCGAGGCUCGCAGCCCUGGGGAGCACUGGGAAAAAAAUCUCAACAAAAUCCAGAGGGAAGAGAAAGGGAACUCCUACGUCCAGCGCCAACACUUCCGGCAGUUCCGCUAUCGGAAAUGCGCCGGGCCCCGCGGGGUUUACAGCCAGCUCCACGACCUGUGUUGCCAGUGGCUGAAGCCAGGACAGCACACCAAAGCUGAGAUCCUGGACCUGGUGAUCCUAGAGCAGUUCUUGACUAUCCUGCCUCCCGACAUGAAGAGCUGGAUCAGAGAAUGCGGCGCCGAGACCUGUUCACAGGCGGUGGCCCUGGCGGAAGGCUUCCUCUUGAGCCAAGCGGAUGACAGGAAGCCGAAAAUGCAGGGCCUGAUUGUGGAUGCUUCUAACGAUUUCCCCAAAAUUAAGAAGGAGACUCCCUCAGACGCAGAACAGAGACAGUUCUUCAAGCAGAUCUUAGAGAAUGAAGAUGCCGUGUUGCAGGGCAAUGAGAAAUCUUUGAUGAGGCCUCCAAAUAUGUCUGCUCUUGUUUCUAGAGAGGGCUCCGCUUCAGCCCAGCCAGAUCUGGUUCCGCUAUCUUUUGAGGACGUGGCUGUGUACUUCACGGAAGAGGAGUCUCCUUUGUUGAAUGCAAGCCAGUUGUCCCUGCAAAUGGAGGUCAUGGUGGAGAACUACCAAAACCUGAGCUCUUUGGGGAGGGAGGUAUGGCAGAACAAGGAGGAGGAUGAAUCGCAAAGAGUGUCCUUAAAAAGAUCCAGAUCCACCCAGGAGGAGCUGCAGUUUGAGGGGAUAGAGGAGCGGCCCAAGGUCAUGAGAUGGGAUGAAUUCUCUCUUUCGGAAAUCCAUCCUUUCCAAGGUGCAAUGGGGGUGCCCCAAAUAUAUCCGGGGAACGCCCCUUUGGCGUCCGCAAGCGGGAACUUUUGCAAAACGCCAAUCCCAGGAAGACCGACCAUGAAAAACACCUUUGUUUCUAAGAGCGUGGAUUCCCCUGCAACGCCCGCCCAAGGGAAAGUAGCUCAGAAACCCAGAAUAAAUAUGUGCACCAUCUGUGGGAAAAGCUUUACUCAUAGGUCUCUCUUGCACGAACACGAAAGGAUCCACGCCAGGGAGAAGCCCUUUAAAUGCAACGAGUGUGGCAUCAGCUUCAGUCAGAUGGCAACCCUGACCUCCCACAAACGCAUCCACACGGGGGAGAAGCCCUAUCAAUGCAUGGCGUGCGGGAAGAGCUUUAGUCACAGCAUCACUCUCCAUUCCCAUCGAAGGAGCCACAAAAUUUAAAUACACCGAAGCGGCAAAGGCCGCGAUCAAAAUCCAACACUUCCCAAACGGCAAGAUUUUGUGCAGGGCAGAAACUGAGGGUUAUCUUCGUCGUGGAAAGUACCUCAGGUUUUAGGUACAAACUCUUAACAAAUCUCUAUAAAUAGCCUUUUUUUUUUUUUUUUUGGCAGCUGCCUGAAAUCGUUCAUUUGGAUUCUUCUUUUUUCCCCUGCCCCAACAAGAAUUUCCCAGAGUUCUUUUUAGGUAGUUUUUUUGAGAGAGAGAGAAAGAGAGAUUGGAUUUAUUUAAUGAUUGAUCUUAAAUGCUUUUAUAUUUGUUUUGUUUUUUUCUACUACUGUAAGCCGCCCAGAGACAACUCGAGGCGGUGAGACGGGGGGCAUCUACAUUUAAACGCUAACUAAAAGAAUAAAUAAAUAAAACUAGAA